ACUGAAGCGACCUAUGGUUCUUCUCGUCAGCGUCUCUUGCCACAGGCAGAGACAGGCGGUGCCACAUUCGGAUCCCACUCCGACCCUGCCUCCAGCCUCCCCUUCGAUUACCCGUACUCCAUUCCCCCUGGCCUGGCGUUGGCUCGGACCGGCGCCCGAUCGCGACGCCCAACCCGUGAUUUUCACCACUACGUGCUACUGCGCGCAACCCGUUCGCCCUGGCUGGGGGACUAAGCCGGCGCUUUGUGUCACUGUGGCCGGACGGGCCGCCGCUCGCUGCCUGCGCUUGGGCUCGCUCGAGUCCAUGUAUCCCGAGAAUUGGCCACUGUCGAGUGACAGCCAUCUAGCGUCGCAAACGACCGGCUUGUUCCCGACUCGCCGUCGAAGGGCUUUUAUGAGCACUGGAAUCGUCUCCUCCAAACUUGUGCGGCGUAGCUGCGUGGUGGGCUAGCCUACCCCGUAUCCGAACACGGAGUUUUCGGAGCCUGCCCAUGGCCCUUAGUUCCCCCCAUAUAGGUGAGAUGCGAGACCACCCUGGCAAGCCUGGCCUGCAUGGUCUUGUCUUGCUUGGGAUAAGCCAGGCUUGGUAGCUUCUUCUCUGCAGAUUGUCAAGCGCUUCUUUGGAUGGUUAACUCUGGUGCCUCCCUGCCAUUCGCGCAUGGAACGCCUGUAUCUGGGUACCCUACUCGUCUGCCGUCGUUGCAACCAGACCCUGUCUGUGGCCAUGGUGUGACUCCGCGUCCUAUCCUCAUAUACGGUCCACCCGCACGUACAUACAUCUUGACUGGGAUGCCGCUUCGUGACAGUUGACAGACCGUUGUUCGUUUGUCUCCCCGCGGGAUCUCAGCCGAGUGCCUCCUUGGGCCUGCAUGUCCAACUGCCGCAGGAUCAAUUUACGGGACCAAACCACCCACCGACGGCUCGUCAGGAGCAACUGCAUCAUCGCAGGAUGGCCUCGAACAAACUUCCCGUCGGGAGCAACAUCCCAGGUGCCAGCAACGCAGACCUAGUUCGGAUUCCCUGCAUCGUUUUCUUCGCCGUCACUCCCAUCUUUCUCGCCAUUCGGAUAUGGAACCGUCUGUCAAGACGAACGGGUCUCGGAUGGGAUGACUGGACAAUAUUGGUGUCGUUCGCUUGCACUUUGGCGGUUCAGAUCCUCAUGAUGCUAGCUUGCAACUACGGAUUCGGCAAGCACAAAUACCACUUGACUGAGGAAAACUUAUUGAUGGCUCUCAAGCUGUUCUAUAUCGCCCAGAUCUUCUACAAGCUCACCAUCAACCUGACAAAGGCUUCAAUUCUGCUCCUAUAUCUCCGCAUCUUCGUACAAAAAUGGUUCCGUAUCAGCUGCUACAGCCUGAUUGGGAUCGUUGUCGCCUACAUGAUCGCGACUACUGCGUCGGCCAUCUGGCAGUGCAAUCCCAUCUCCGGCGCCUGGGACAAGUCGAGCAACCCAACGUGCAUCAGCCUGACCAAGAACUGGUACGCCAACGCAGGGUAUUCCAUUGCCACCGACGUUCUCAUCCUUCUGUUGCCUAUGCAGCCCCUUUGGUCCAGCAAGCUGCCAGUCAACCAGAAGAGGGCCUUGAUGCUGGUCUUUGCUCUGGGUGGCUUUGUUACCAUUACCUCGAUUCUGCGAGCCACGACGCUCAACUUUUCCACCACAAGCCCCGACAGUACAUAUGACAUCACGUCUACACUCUGGACAAUGAUUGAAGAGAAUGUCGCUAUUAUUUGCGCCUGUCUUCCUAUGUGCCGCAUUAUCCUUGCCUGGGUGUUUCCGAAGGCCUUUGCCAAUGCCUCGUCGGCGGCCGCAGGUUCACAUGGGCCCACCUAUACGUUUGGUCAGAAGCGCAGCGGUGCCUACUCGCAGACCAGUGGCAACCGCGAGUGGAAGCCUUAUUCGGGCCCGAACGAGGCCAAUGGCACGUCCCGGAGCGUGGUUCAGCACAGCGACGACACGAGUGAAGAGUUUAUCCUCACGACGGUGCACAGCGUGAACAACAACACUACGAUCCAAGACGAUCACGCGAUUCGCAAGACGACACAAUAUGCCGUUUCUUACGAAAGGGAGCACUACAACAGCCGGGUGUGAGGCUAGAGGCGGUCGAGGGAACGACCUACGACAACACGUGCACGGGGUCAAUGGCUUUUUGAAAUAAUGUCCGCCAUCAAAAGUCUUUUUGUCCGACAAGCGAGCGCGCCCUAUUACUCUAAAGUUGUCUUAGUAGAUUUCGUGGUGCGAUGUGUAUUUCUAUUGACGAUGAUGACGAGUUGGCGGUGGCCAUGAUACUUGCACAGCCUGCGAGCACAGCCUGCGAGAUACUUGAGCGAUGGUGGCGAGACAUGGAUAGAGAUGCAUAAGACUGUUGGCCAACGCCAAUUUUACUGCCACGUCGGAUCGGAUACCCGUCUGUUCCUCUCAAUUCAAGCACCAGAACAAGAAAAAGCGCAGGAGAACAAGUCCGGAGCGGCCAGGGGUAUGUAUCAUCCAGCGGAGCAUUCGAUGUUGAGAACUUUUGGAGCCGUGUCUGCGACUCUGCCAACACCUCCCCCGGCGGGCGACGAUCCCGCCUCGAUAAUAGAAAUGGAUAUAUACUUCUAAGUGACUGGGAAACAUAAGCUAGCGCGUACUUUGUAUAUAUAUAUAUAUAUAUAUAAGCCCACCAACCCCCGCGGCCGCCGAUACCUGCCCGAACGGAG